AUGACAAGUCAAGGCUUCCCCACUGAGUACUAUUUCAACUGUGUCGUUCGGUUUUUGGACAGGAUAAAAUACAACGACACUAAUUAUACGCCUGAAGAGCGCCUUGCUAAGCUCCACCAUGUGUAUACUAAGACGGCCAAGCACUUUGCUCAUUACAACAGACAGAAGCACAUCAAGGUGAGCCCAACUAAUCUGCAACCCUUGGUGCAGGCCAUGGUUACCAUGGUUGUGUAUAGUUGGGCCACAGCCUCGGAAAAGGUCAUGGUCGACCUGAGCAUUCACUACACAUAUAUGCUCGUCCUUGACCACAGCCAUGACGACAACCCCACAGAUAGCAUGAAGUCUUUCUAUAACACCAUAAUGGCCGGUCUACCUCAGGAGCACCCGUGGUGGCAAAUGGUGAAUAACCACUUCCCCCUGGUUCUUCGGCACUACGGCCCCUUCUGUGGGCUGAAUAUGGUUCGCUCAACAACAGACUGUACGUAUACACCCCCUUUCCUCCCGCACAUGAUACUGACUGCGACGUGGAAAGACUUUCAGGGCUGUUGGGUUGAGCAAUAUAACCUUAUGGGGUUCCCCAAGUCCUUGAACAGCCCGAUGUUUCUGCGACAAAUGAGCAAACUAGGACAAUGCGUUGGGGGUUCCAUCUUCCCGAAGGAACGAUUCGACGAGAACGAGCUGUUUGAAGAAAUAACAGCCAUCAUUACGCAAAUAGAAAAGUGGAUUGCCUGUGUGAAUGACCUGCUGUCCGUCUAUGAGGAGUUUGAAGAGCCGCGUAACCAGACGAGCUUGGUCAACAACUAUGCUCAGUGCAACGAGAUUACUCUGGAGGAAGGCCUCAAGACUUUGACCAAUGAUAUAAUUGUAAGCUCGGAGCAGCUCCUAGGCGUCUUUCGUGACAAGGAUCCCGGGAUUCUACACACACUGUGCACAUUUUGCCAAGGUUAUGUCACCUGGCAUCUCUGUGACCCUCGGCACCGGCUUCAAGGGCUCCACUCGUUGACCAAGGGGUCGGCCGAGGCUAUAACCAAGUUUUACAGCUAUUUGCAGUCCGCAAAGGAGGUCGGAUCCGUUGACCCCAAGGAAUGGGCGUAUCCGAGUGUGGCGUCUCUGGCGGCUGAGGAUUUGGCGUACUGGUCAGAUGGCCUAUAA